CACACCACACACACACACGCUCUCACACAGCGGAGUGUAGCUGAGAGACAGGGACUGCAGCAGCAUGCACCAGCCGUGUCUGAUCUGUGUGGUGACAUGAGGAAGAAGAACUGGGAAGAGGAUAUAGCGUAGCAGCGUCUUACACAACCCAACCCCCAUGCGUACGGUAGCUACGUCUCUGCUCUGCAGCAGUGGCAACGGUGCAUUUCAAGAGCGGACAGCUUAUGUUAUCUUCCCCCUCUGACUGCACUGCCUCUGCAUCCAUCCCAUUCACUCUGUUCCUCCCACUCCACCUCUUCCUCAUCCUCCCAACAACGGCAUCAUUAGGCAGGACUACAGACCGUCCGGGAUCACCAACGGCAAUCACUGGAUGCUCAGGUUUGCCCUCUCUGAAGGAGUCGUGGUGGAGAUGCUAAAUCAUCAUUACCUCCAUUAACAACCGGAUUCUAUUCUAGCUCAGGAGACAAGGAGAAGAAAAACCACCCCAAACAACGAAAAAGGAGUCUUAGAUGUUUGUGACGAUCUUUGUCGGCGCUGUUGGGUAGUUGAUUCGUUUCUUCUAUUUGCUUGAUUGUUUUUAUCUUCUCUGAGACUGGCUAGCAGGCACUGCAGCACCAGGAAGGACUGCAGGAGCCGUGAAGGGUAGGGCAUGAGGACCCAGGGGCGAGCCAGCGGAAGGGCUUGAGCUACCAUUGCUGCCCCUGCUGCUGCUGAGGUGCUUAUCUUGAUUUUUUUUCUCCAGAAAGGGCGGCUGGUUGGGGUGGGUUGUGACAGUGCAGGUACUCAGGACCCUGCAUAGCGGAGUGGGUGGCUCUGGCAUAGAGGAGCCAGGCAGGGAGGCAGGACGUCCUGUGGGAAAGGAGGAGAGAAGAGAAGAAGAAGGGCUGGCUCAGGCUCGGGCCCCUGAUGGUGGCUAUUUUUAUCUCCCCUAGCUGAGUGAUUGGGGACAGCCGGUAAAGGGAAAGAUGCUUAUGGGUGCGGGACGAGACACGGCGCGGGAUGAGGCCCAGAAGCUUCACCGGAAAUGGCUGAAGCACCAGGCCUUCAUGACCGAGCUGGCCCGCAACAAAGAAUGGCUGGCCAAGAUAGAGCAGGAGGGUCAGGAACUGAUCGAUGAGAAGCCGGAGCUGCGUUCGGUGGUGCAGCAGAAGCUGGAGGAGAUCAGGGAGUGCUGGACGGACCUGGAGAGCACCACCAAGGCCAAGGCCCGGGCUCUGUUUGAGAACAACAAGCCAGAGCCGGUGGUGAAGAGCUACUCAGACCUGGACCACCAGCUCUCUGGCCUGGAGAAACAGCCCCCUCAGCUGGAGCAGGCUCACCAUCUGCCCACCUUCAAUGAGCAGCUGCAUAAAUUCCAGUCUCAGAUGGGGGACUUGUACAAGGACGUAGGGGAACUAGGGUCCUUCCAGGGGGUGUGCCUCCCCCAGCGAGGCAGCCUGGAGAAAGGCGGGGAAGGAGAAGGGGGUGAGCAGCCAGCUGUGGUGGAGACCCGCAUCGUGCGCCUCAUCGAGCCCCUGAAGGAGAGACGUCGCAUUCUGCUGGCCUCCAAGGAGAUGCAUCAGGUCGCCCAGGACCUGGAGGAAGAGAUACUGUGGAUCCAGGAGCGGCUUCCUCUGGCUUCCUCUAAGGAUUACGGCAACAACCUGCAGAGUGUUCAGCAGCAUGUCAAGAUCAACCAGACGCUGCAGAGGGAUCUGCAGGGUCGCCGGGCGCGGGUUGAGGAGGUGUUGGACCGGGCGGGGAUCAUCGCCUCUCUGCGGACCCCCGAGGUGGACUUUGUGCGCGAGGGGGCAGGGCACGUGCGUCAGCUUUGGGAGGUGCUAAGGCUAGAGGCGGAGAGGAGGACUGUGAUGCUGGAUGUGGUGCUGCAGGCCCAGCAGUAUUACAGCGAGGCGGCCAAAGUCGAGUCCUGGCUGGCAGGCCAGAAACUGCACCUCAUCAGCGAGGAGAAGGGUAUGGACGAAGCAAGCACCCUGCAGCUACUGAAGGAGCACCUGGCCUUGGAGGCGAUGGUGGAGAACUACGCUGAGACAGUGGGCAUGCUCUCCCAGCAGUGUCAGAGGCAGCUGGAACUGGCACACCCAGACAGUGAGGGGAUCACCAAGCAGCAGUCCCACAUAGACCGUCUGUACGUGUCUCUGAAGGACAUGGUGGAGCACAGGAAGACCAAACUGGAGCAGCAGUAUUGGAUGUACCAGCUCAACAGAGAGGUGGAGGAGUUAGAGAAGUGGAUCACUGAGCGGGAGGCCGUUGCCAGCUCCACUGAGCUGGGCCAAGACCUGGAAGAUGUCACGAUGCUACAAGAAAAAUUCACCAAGUUCUGCUCAGAGACCAACAGCAUAGGCCAACAGAGGAUGGAGCAGGUGAAUAAGAUGGUGAACGAGAUGAUAGACUGCGGCCACACGGACGCGGCCACAAUCGCUGAGUGGAAGGAUGGACUGAACGAGUCAUGGGCCGACCUACUGGAGCUCAUGGAAACCCGAGGGCAGAUGCUAACAGCAUCAUACCAGCUGCACAAGUUCUUCACCGACUGCAAAGAGGUCUUGGUUCAGAUUGCUGGGAAGAUGAGGCAACUACCAGAGGUGAGGGCGUGCCAAGCCAGCAUCGCCAACCCGGCCACGCUGCAGAGGCUCAUGCGCUCUUUUGAGCACGCCCUCCAGCUGCUUGUCUCACAGGUAAGGCAGCUGCAGGAGAACGCGGCCCAGCUGAGGGCCAUCUACGCCGGGGAAAAGGCAGAGGCCAUCAUGAGCAAGGAACAGGAAGUGAUGUCAGCAUGGAAGGAGUUGCUGGUUUCCUGUGAGGCCAGUCGCGUGCAGGUCACCUCGGUGACAGACAAGGUCCAGUUCUUCUCAGUGGUGCGUGAGCAUCUCAUGUGGAUGGAAGGCAUCAUGGGACAGAUUGGAGGGGACGACCCCAGGGAUUCGUCCUCUGCGGAGGUGAUGAUGAAACAACAUGGUGAGCUGAAAGCCAAGAUGGACGGCCGCAGCAAGACCCUACAACAGUGUGUUGAGCUGGGAAAGAUCCUGUUGGCCGCAGGCAACCCAGCAGCUGAGGAGAUAAAGGAGAAGUUGGACACACUCCUGGCUAAGCAGAAGGAUCUCUCUGAGAGAUGGGACAAACACCAGGAAAAGCUACAGCGCAAGAAGGAUCAGUUCCAGUAUGCCCAGGAGACGGUGAAGGCGGAGGCCUGGCUAAAGGCCAAGGAGCCGCUAAUCAACUCUAGCUCCAACUCCAGUCAGGCUGGGGGUGCUGUAGGAGAGGCCCAGGCUCAGACUGACGAGGUGGAGCAGCUCAUCCUCCGCCACGAGGCCUUCCGUAAGGCUGCAGCUACCUGGAAGGAGCGCUUCAGCUCACUGAGACAGCUCUCCAAUGCAGAGAAGCUGAGAGAAGAACAGAGCAGCAAGCCUGCCCCAAUGCCACUCUCCAGUCGGAGGAUGUUCCCAUCGUCCUGCCUCACUCCGACCUUUCCCCUUGCUACCUCAACUCUGCUGAGGCAGACGGUCCAGCUGCAUAUUGAGCCCAGGCCCAAGCAGACUAGUCUAGGGAUGGCUGCCUCUGCCUCCACUGCAUCCCAGAGGUUGGGUUCUACCAUGGCCAGCUACACUCCUGUCAUGAAUGGCUCCAGUUACCAUGGACUGGACCAUCAGAGCAGCAGCGGGGGGUUGGAGAGUUCUAACUACCCUGGGCUAAACCAUCAGGCCUGUGGAGGUGUGGACAGCAGCUCCAGUUACCUUGGAGUGAACCAUCAGACUGCCCUCCCGCCAGUGGAUAGUUCUGGCUACCUUGGACUGAACCAUCAAAGCAGUGGGGGUAUGGUUAGUCCAGGCUACCUACCUCAAAAUCAAAGUAGUGGUGGUAUGGGUAGUCCAGGUUACCUGCCGCAAAAUCAAAGCAGUGGGGGUAUGGGUAGUCCAGGUUACCUGCCGCAAAAUCAAAGCAGUGGGAGUAUGGGUAGUCUAGGCUACCUGCCGCAAAAUCAAAGUAGUGGGGGUACGGGUAGUCCAGGCUACCUAACGCAAAAUCAAAGUAGUGGGGGUUUGGGUAGUUCAGGCUACCUGCCGCAAAAUCAAAGUAUUGGGGGUAUAGUUAGUCCAGGCUACCUUGCGCAAAAUCAACACAGUGGUGGUAUGGGUAGCUCAGGCUACCUUGCACAAAAUCUAAGUAGUGGGAGUAUGGGUAGUUCAGGCUACCUGGCUCAAAACCAUCAAAGCAGUGGUGGUAUGGGUAGUUCAGGCUACCUGGCUCAAAACCAAGGUAGUGGGGUUAUGGGUAGUUCAGGCUUCCUUGCGCAAAACCAAUGUAGUGGAAUUAUGGGUAGUUCAGGGUACCUUGCGCAAAAUCAAAAUAGUGGUGGUAUGGGUAGCUCAGGCUACCUUGCACAAAAUCUAAGUAGUGGGGGUAUGGGUAGUUCAGGGUACCUUGCGCAAAUCCAAGGUAGUGGAGGUAAGGGUAGUUCUAGCUAUCUGCCUCAAAGCGGUGGGGUCAUGGACCCCAAAAUGGCAUAUGCGUGGCAGCAUCUGAAAGCCGACUGCAUGCAGCCCAGGAUCAACCAUAUCCACAAGGCUGUCAACCCCCUCCUGGAGGCCAGCAGGGCGCAGAGGGAACAGUUUGGGGACAUCCCCAUGGUAGACAUGAUCGGGCCAGAGUCCGGCCUGGAGCUCCUCCAUGGCAGGCUUCAAAGGGACCCCCGCGGCAGCCGCUCCGACCCCCAGAUGGACCACCUGCGGCGGGAGAGGGAGUACAAGCUGGGCCGCCAGACCUCCAGUGAACAGGAGAUCCAGGCGCGGCUCAACGAGCUGCCAAUGAUCGUGCGUCAGGAGCGCUAUAGGCGACGCCUGGAGAGGCAGUCGUCCAGCGAGCAGGAGGGCAGUGGGAAGGCGAGGACACCAAAGCAGGACGACUCCAGCGACAUGGAGUCAGCCAAGGAAGGCUCUGACAAACGCUCAACAGAGAAGAGAGCCACCACAAUGGCUGAGAUUGUGGAGCAGGCCCAGGAGAGAGAGGCAGCACAAGCCAGAGGGGAGACAUACCGCCCCACCAGCAGCCUCUCAGCACCCGUGACCUACGAGCGCCCGCGCGCCCGAGACCGCCCCAAACCCCGCAGGAGACCCCGCCCCAAAGAGCCUGAGGAGAAGCGGCGCUCUCGCUCGGCUCCAGCCCAGAGUCCAGCGCAACUCUUGCCGCCCUCACACACUGCCCAUAACGAAGGCUUCCUGUACCGCAAACACGACUUUGAUGGCCAGCAAAAGAGUCCCAGCAGUAAGUCCUGGGUGAACUUGUAUUGCGUGUUGUCAAAAGGAGAGAUCAUUUUCUACAAGGACGCCAAGAGCAUCACCACACCUUACAAUGAAGAAACCCCACUCGACCUGAGCGUCUGUAUAUGUGAUAGCACCAUGGGAUACAAGAAGAAGAAAAAUGUCUUCGUUAUCAAGAAAAAUGAUGGCAAUGACUAUAUUUUCCAUGCAAAGGAUGAGGAGGACCUGAAGGCUUGGGUAACUAACAUCACCACCAGUAUAACUGAACACGAGGAGAUCGCCAAGUGGGACAAACCCACGACCUCGUCCACAGAUCCCGACCGCUCGGAGAGGAAAGAGAAGUCAGAGGGUGACGCAGAUGCCAGGUCAGAGAGAUCUGAGAUGGGAGGAGAGGUGGAGGAGGAAGAGAGGUCUGAGAAGGGAGAGGGGUCCGAGAAGACAGGCGAGGGCUCCGAGAAGGCAGACACGUCGGAGAGGGGUGAGAUGGCAGAGGGAGGGGCAGGGGGCUCCAGCACGUCAGGGAAGAUCAAAUGAUCCCCGCUAAGUGGAGGAGUGGACUGCAUCCAACCAUCUGCCCGCUCCAUCCUAACAUUACCCUAAGACACCAGACGGUGGUGAGCAAGCGAGACGGAGGGAGAGUGUGUGCAUUUUUGUGCAUAUCUUCUCUCUCUUUCUCUCUCUCUCUCUAUAUCUCUCUGUCUCUCUCUCUCCCUGUGACAUCCUGAGGCUUGUGUCCUUGGACUACCUAAUGUUAACUGUGACAGACUGAUCUUUCAGCCCCUAUCCCAGGCAAAAUACAUCAAUGCUUGUAUUGCAUUUUGGCCCUUGCUGGUAGGUUGGAGGAUGGUGGAGAUGAACCAGCGCCACCGUGUGGUCACAGGCAUUCAUCACAGUCACAACUCAUUGAUAAUUUAUCUCUUGGAUUCACAGCAUCUCUCAGUAUAUAUAUAUAUAUAUAAUAUACCUAUGACUGACUAUGUAAUGCUCUAGAAAAACCCAAGCAAUGGUGAAUGAAAUGUCUCACAAUAUUUUGAAAACGCUUUUUUUCUGAAGCAAUAUACUUUUUUAUUUCUUCUCUAUGUUUGAGAGAGAGGGAAAGGAGACAAGAAACAGUUACUUAUUGUUAAUUAUAUGAUUGGUCACAUUCAUCAUCAGCUUGUUUCCAGCAGGUCAGCAGCACCUUAAACACUUCCAACACGUCUGUGUAUACUCAGCAUAUUGACAUUUCAAACUCACCUCAUCUCUAUAUCUGAGUCAUGCUGUCAUGAUGGAAUGCUGGUAUUACCUAUGUGUGUUAAUAAUGGAAUUGAUCAACACACGUGUUUCUCUUCUGAACUUUUGGAUUAAUCGUGCACAGGCCCAUGGCAUGCCAGGAAUAAAGGUGAACUAGGGUUGCCAACGUAAGCAAAACUCAAUCACCCCCAAGAGUCUAUUUGAGGAGGCAAUGCCAAACUUAACCCACUUGUAGUGCCAGGCCUGUGUCUACAUCUCACUUAUUAAAUCUAACCAUCCAUGGCAUGACAUUGUAUAGUGCACCUUUUACUUUAAUGAAAAGUCAUGUUCUUCAUGGUCUUGAAGUUGACCAGUUCUGAAAUGAAUUUGGCUGUGCAAUAAUUGAAUCUAAAGGAAAGUACUGUGUAUAAUACUAACAUCACGGUAUAAUUCUGGAAUCCUGAAGAACGUUCUAAAGGCUUCUCUUCGGGGAUCUUAAACUCUCCCCACAUGAAGUAUGGUGAUAGGAAGAUAUGUUUUAAUGACAGAGCAGAGAAAGUUCCCCACAUUACAAGCCCAAGUCAGACAUCCUUCAUGCUUCUUUCGAAUUCUAUUUGAUCUGAGACAAGAAGCAGUAUGACCUCAUUGCUGUUUUUAUUAUGUUACUGCAAUAUAUUUCAUAAGGAUUGUAAUUGUUGCACUAGUGAAAAUACAAUAGUAACAUCAAUAUUAGAUGAACCUCAGAGUAUAUUAUUAACUACUUCUCCCUCCCUGUUUUCUUCCACUCUGAGUUGAAACCAAUAGAAAACAAUUGUCAGUCAGAGGGGAUUUAUCUAGUCAUGAAAUUGUACGUAAGCUACAUGGCCAACGGUAUGUGGACAAAGGCUCCUGAGUGGUGCAGUGCAUCUAAGGCACUGCAUCUCAGUGCUAGAGGCGUCACUACAGAUCCUGGUUCGAUUCCAGGCUGUAUUACAACUGACCAUGAUUGGGAGUCCCAUAGAGCG